CUCCUGUCAGGAAGACUGGUUUCACCCUAUCCAAACAUGAUCUCUGGGUCUUUUUACGCGUUGUUAGCGGGCUGUUUAGCCGCUGCUAGCUCUCUGUGUGCUAAGCUAACAGUGGGAGCAGACUACCUGAAGGAGAUGUGUGAAGUUGGCCUCAAACAAGACGCAGACUACUGUGACUGGCUCCACAUCCCCCUGCGGCUGGCGUGCGGAGGUCUGCUGUUGACCUGCAAUACUGUCAUGUGGACCUUCUUCUCCAAAGCUCUCCGGCACUGCUCCUCUUCAGCCACGGCCACCGUGACUACCACUGCAUCCAACUUCGUCUGCUCUGCUGUACUUGGGAGGGUGAUUUUUGGAGAGACCCAUGCAGUUCUAUGGUGGGUGGGUAUCUCUGUCACUCUGUGUGGGCUGCUGGUGCUUCAUGGAUCCACAUCUCAGACCCUGCCACAGGACAAAAAGGACAAGUAAUGCAGCUUUGGAUCAUCAUAAGCGUGCAGACACUGCUCUUCCUCUGGGCUUCUUCUCAGGCACUGAAAAGGAAGAAAGGUUGUUGAUAAAAGGAGGUGAAUCAGUGUAAGUGCAAUUGAAACAGUGGACUGUGUUGCACAAACCUCUACCUGUUGAACAAUUUCCUCCUGAAUCCUUUGAGUAAUGAUGAGCUUUAUUAAUAUAGUACAGUCGGUGUUGCGCAAUAGGUUGGUGAAAUAAAACGAGUCUUUGAGUCAGUUAACUAGACUAGAAGACUUCAUUUUUCUCUUUGAACUAUUUUACGGGAAUUAGGAAACAUCAACUACAGGUCUUUAUUCUAGAUAUUCAUGAAACCUUUCUCCUUCUUUCAUACCAAACACAUCAUGAACUUGACUUUAUUUAUUUUAUACUGCCCAAACACAAUAACCCAACAUAGUUUAUUGUCUGGCAAGUGAAACAGCACCUACUUUGCCAAAAUCAAGCAGAUGGAUAGGAAAACGUUGCAAUGUGAAGAUUUAACAUUUGGUGCCAUCUGGUGGCAGUAAUAUGACACUGUGGUAAAUAAUAGAAGGUUCUGUAUAUUAGUGUCUAACUUAAGUAUUUAAUGACAAAGCCAAGCUUUGUGUCAGUCAACUAGGGCUGGGUAUCGUUUAAAAAAUGACGAUACCAGUACCAAGUACCCUUAAAGUGAUACCGAUACCAACUGAGUACUUCAUUUUCAUAUCUAUCCACAUUUAGUGCUCUUGCUUUUAUCUGAUGUAACAGGAGUGUAUUGUAGCCACACUUUAGAGCGUUUAGGUGGCAUCUUGGCUGCUGAACUGAUAAGCGCGCUAAUUCAAAUUCACCACGACCUGACCACCACAGACGGGUUGUAGCUGCUGAAGCAGUGGACCAAUCACAUGACACAUUAAAUCCAUGAACACUUGCAUUGAUUGGCUGUGAGCAAGUCCAUACAAAUAGUCACAUUUUCUAGCUCUGGGUGCAAAAAGGAUCGAUUGCAGGCAUCAUUUGACGGGAGAUGUUUCGAUACUACUUGGUAUCGAUUUAUUUCAGUUGAUACUUAAAGAUAUCAAGUACUGAUACCAAGAACUACCGUCAACCUUCAUCUGGGCAAACAAGGUAAACGAAAGUUUGAUUACUUCAUUAAAUUUGGAGCUAAUUGUACAGAGCUGUCUUUUGCCCAAUGAGAGAAGACUUUAAAUAUUCCUGCUGUUCUGUCAGAUUACUUAGAUCAUUAUUGCAGAUUAUUUGCUGCAAGUGGAGACAAACACACAAAGUGAAACAUCUCAUAUUAUUUCCAGUUAUCCAAUUUCUAAGUACACAGGUUUCUUAUUGUGCCUGUGUGCCAUGAAUCCUGCUUUAUGUCCUCUUACUUGAAUGCUCUGAAUUACUUUUUGCAGCUUUAUUCAUGUGUUCUGACCACACUGUCCUCCAAAGAAACAGGAAUGUUGUGAUUUACAAAUGUUAUGAUUGAUAUGUAUAUUAAGUGUAUGAAUUUGAUGUGGCUCAAACUGUUUUUUUUAGCAGUUUUCUAUGUAUGAAAAGAUACACAGAGUAUUUUUUAAAGUAUUGUUGGUAUUGUUUUCUUACCAGCCAGGAAUGUCAGAUUGAAAGGAUAGGUUCACAUGUUGUCAAGUUUGUCUUGAAACAGUAAUCAUAUGACUCCAUGUAGAGAUCCCUCCCUGACAUGAUAAGUUUAAGUGAUGGGGACAAAGUCUACUCCUUCAUUCUGUGGAAAACUCAUUCUAAAUACAUACAAAGGUUGGAUUUAGUCCCAUAUACCUAGUACUUUAUUAGGACAGACUUGAAAAAAUGUGGGCUUACCCUUUAAUUUGUAUAAAGUCAGCAUUUGAAAGCAUCUUUCUGAACUAUAACUGUGCAGAUAAGUUUGUUCAAAAAAUAAAUAACCAC